AUGGUUCAAGAGAACUAUGACAUUGUCAUUGUGGGCGCCGGCCCCGUCGGUCUGCUCCUGUCCCUGUGCAUGUCACGAUGGGGCUACAAGGUGAAGCACAUCGACAACCGUCCCGUACCGACCGCCACUGGUCGCGCCGACGGAAUUCAGCCGCGAUCCACCGAGAUCCUGCGCAACCUCGGUCUCAAGCGCUCCAUCAUGGCCUACGAGCCCGCUAAGGUGUACGAUGUCGCUUUCUGGGACCCCAAGGGCGAAGCUGGCAUUGCCCGAACUGGCAGCUGGCCUAGCUGCCCCCGCUUCAUUGAUACCCGUUACCCCUUCACUACCCUUGUGCACCAGGGCAAGAUCGAGCGCGUCUUUUUGGAUGAGAUUGAGAAGGCGGGUACCACCGUCGAGCGCCCAUGGACCAUCGUUGGCUUCAACAACGACGGUGCCAACGCUGAAUACCCCGUCGAGGUCAACCUGAAGUGCCUGGACACCAAUGUCAUUGAGAAUGUGCGCUCCAAGUACCUCUUCUCUGGCGAGGGUGCCCGCAGCUUCGUUCGCGAGCAGCUCGGUAUCAAGAUUCACCACAAGGACCCCAUCGCCUACGUUUGGGGUGUUAUGGACGGUGUUGUGCGCACCAACUUCCCCGACAUCGAGACCAAGUGUACUAUCCACUCCGACGCUGGCUCCAUCAUGGUUAUCCCCCGCGAGGAUAACAUGGUUCGCCUCUACGUUCAGAUCGCUUCCUCCACCGAUGCCGACUGGAACCCCCGCAAGACCGCCACUGCUGAGGAGGUCCAGCAGACCGCGAAGAACAUCUUGAAGCCAUACUGGAUUGAGUGGGACCGCGUUGAGUGGUACUCUGUCUACCCUAUUGGACAGGGUAUCGCUGAGAAGUACACUCUUGAUGAGCGUGUCUUCAUGGGUGGUGAUGCUUGCCACACUCACAGCGUCAGUUUCCCCACAUUCUCCAAAUUCUGCAUACUAACAAUCCCAAAGCCCAAGGCUGGUCAGGGUAUGAACACUGCUUUCCACGAUGCUCUCAACAUGGCCUGGAAGAUCCACGCCGUCGAGAGUGGAUUCGCCGACCGCUCUACCCUCAGCACCUACGAGAGCGAGCGCAAGGACAUUGCCGAGACUCUGCUUGACUUUGACGCCAGAUACGCCGCCCUCUUCUCCAAGCGCCGCCCGAACGCUGGCGAGGUUGGCUCUGCCAGCCACACCGCCGUUGGCAACGCCGGCGAGGAAGACGAGUUUGUCAAGACCUUCAAGUCCUCUUGCGAGUUCACCAGUGGAUACGGAGUGGCUUACAAGCCUAACGUCUUCACUUGGUCCCCCAACCACGCCGCCAAGUCUCCUCUCUUCCAGAUCCCCGGUGUCCACCUGACCCCCGGUCGUGCCUUCACACCGACUACCGUCACCCGUCUCGCAGACUCGAACUUUGUCGAGCUCGAGCAGGAGGUUCCCACCAACGGAUCCUUCCGUAUCUUCGUCUUCGCCGGUAACCAGACUAAGACCAAGAAGGCCAUCACCGACCUUGCCGCCAACCUUGAGAAGGAGCGCUCUUUCCUGUCCGCCUACCGCCGACCCGAUAUUGCCGACGUCUCCUUCUUCGAGCGUCACAACCCCCACUCCAAGCUCUUCACUCUCUCCGUCAUCUACGCCGGCUCCAAGAACACCAUCGACGUCGACUCCAUCCCCCAGGUUCUGCGCGACUACCACCACCACCUCUACGCCGACGACAUCCCCGACGUCCGUGUCCCCCAGGCUCAGUUCGCUGCCCACGAGAAGCUUGGUUUCGACGUUGAGAAGGGUGGUGUUGUUGUUACUCGCCCCGAUAGUCACGUUGCCUGCACUGUGCAGCUGGUUGAGGGCACCGGUACUGUUGACGCUCUGAAUGAGUUCUUCAACUCCUUCUCCACAAAGCCUCUGGGUCAGGACUCUCAGCAGAGCCGCCUUUGA